UGACGUCACCCUAAAGAACAGACUUAAGAACAGACCUGAGAGAUGUGAACCCUGUGAAGUUUGAAUCAUGCAGAACCUAACCAAGUGUCCCAAGCGAUAUUACGUAGUGCCAAGUCGGAUAUUCAAUUUUCCAUCCAAAAGCGCUUAUUUCUCAAAGGAAAAACUCCUUGUCAACGUUAAACACUCAAGUUACGCGUGUAAUAAUGGAGCUCACAGGUUACUUGUUCCCACGUCUUACCAUGCUUACAAGAAGCUCCGCAGAGAAUUGCACGCCAUACAAUCGGCAUUGUUGUGCGGUGGCAAAGUCAGCUUUUCUCCGAGACUUGACAGCGUCGUAUAUUUUAAUACCACGUCCAGUAAUUUCAACGAACAAUCGGCAAAGAAAUCGGACUCAGAAAAUCCAGAUAAGAGACCCGACGAAAAUGAUAUGAAAUCAGUUCUUACUAAGUUUUCCAUAUUGUGUAUGAUAUUGUACGUUGGUCUAAUUGUAUUGAGACAACAAUCGCGUACAGAACCUACUGCUUCUAUUUCCUGGAAUGAAUUUGUAUACGACAUGUUGAAGAAGGGAGAAGUCCAGACAAUUAUUAUAAAUCCUGGUAUCGAUCAUGUUAUAAUUGUGGUGCACGAUGGUGCUAUCGUUAAAGGAAAGAGAAGCAUGUAUAAGAACUAUCUCAUGGCUGUUCCGAGCAUUGAAAAUUUUGAAGAGAAACUGAGGAAGGUGGAGCAGAAGCUCGGCAUAAAAGCCGGCCAAGGAGUACAAGUGAUUUACGAGAGGAAGAUGGAAUAUAUAGCAGCUAUCAUGAAAAUUGCGCUUAUUGUGCUGAUAAUUGCCACCGUUCUUAGUUUCGUGCUAAAACGCUUUUCCUUCAAACCUUUCGAGUUUUUCUCGCAGAUGAAACAGGCGAAAUUUACCCUAGUCGACCCAUUGGUGGGAAAGGGUAAAGGUGUACGUUUCGCGGACGUGGCUGGACUAAAGGAGGCUAAGAUAGAAGUGAUGGAGUUUGUUGAUUAUCUGAAAAAGCCGGAACGGUACAAACUGUUGGGCGCUAAAAUACCGCAAGGUGUUUUGCUCCUGGGACCUCCUGGAUGUGGCAAAACGUUACUGGCUAAAGCUGUAGCGACUGAAGCGAGCGUUCCUUUCCUGUCCAUGAACGGCUCCGAAUUCAUUGAGGUGUUCGGUGGCUUAGGUGCCGCCCGAGUCCGGGAUUUGUUCAAAGAAGCUAAAAAGAGAGCACCAAGUAUUGUAUAUAUCGAUGAAAUUGACGCGAUUGGUAAGAAACGUUCGGAGGGCUCGCUCGGGGUUUCCGACAGUGAAUCUGAACGAACGUUGAAUCAACUUUUGGUAGAAAUGGACGGAAUGAUAGCAAAGGAGAACGUUAUUAUACUGGCCUCGACGAACAGGUCAGAAGUGUUGGACAAGGCGUUAUUGAGACCCGGCAGAUUUGAUCGGCACAUUUUAAUCGAUUUCCCCACGUUGGAGGAGAGACAACAAAUCUUUGAGACCCACUUGAAAAAAAUAUCCUUACAAGACAAACCUUCGAAAUAUUCGGGAUACUUGGCUUAUCUUACAUCCGGUUUUAGUGGUGCUGACAUAGCAAACGUUUGCAAUGAAGCUGCGCUACACGCCGCGAGGGAUAAGAAGAAGCAAGUAGACAGCAGCGAUCUUACGUACGCGAUCGACAGAACGAUCGGUGGUUUGACAAAGAUAAAUAACCCGUUAACACCGUCCACGAAGCGGAUCAUCGCCUAUCGCGAAGCCGGUCAUGCGUUAGUGGGCUGGUUAUUGGAGCACACCGACGCCUUGCUCAAAGUAACCAUAGUGCCACGAACCAACUCAAAACUGGGAUUCGCGCGGUACACGAAAACCGAUCACAAGCUCUACAGCAAGGAACAACUCUUCGAGAAAAUUUGUAUGACGAUAGGUGGUCGCGUCGCAGAACAUGUGACAUUUGAUAAAAUCACAACGAGCGCCAAAAACGACUUGAAGUUCAUAACAGAAAUGGCAUAUCACCAGGUCCAACAAUACGGAAUGAGUCCGGCUGUGGGUUUGAUUUCUUUCGAAGAAGAGCAUACUAGCACGAAAACUAAGAAGCUGUAUAGUAAAAAGCUAGGUAAUUUAAUGGACGCCGAAGUAAGAAGAAUAAUAGGGGAAGCAUACGAACGAACUCGACAAUUACUGUUGGAUAAUAAAGACAAAUUAGAUACACUUGCGGAAGCUCUACUAAAAAGGGAAACAUUGUCGUACGACGACGUGGAAAAAUUAAUUGGGCCGCCGCCGUAUGGAAAGAAGCGACUUGUAGAACCAGCAGAAUUUGAAAAUUCUGAUCCAGUUAGGGAAUCCCCGUCAGCAGCCGGAGAACCGGCAAAAUAAAAAAUAUAUUUUUUUGUAGAUAUUUGUAUUCUGUAUAGACAUUAGCAUAAUAAAGUAUAUACUGGUUUGUGACUUUC